UUCGUUUCUAUGCCUUAAGUAAACUGGAAAAAGACUAAAAAGCAAAGACUUUAUGAGUCUUCCCCUUCAUUUCUAAUCCACUCGUUUACUUCAGUUUCUCCUUUCACACCAUCUUCUUUCCUAUUCCUAACUCCUCUACUCCAAAACCAUAAAUUCAGAACACUUAAUCUUAUUGCAGCGGCUUUUCUUAGUGCAAGAUUUCGAAUUCUAGAAAAUGCAAUCCGAAUGGGAUCAGAUUUUAAAGUUUGUAUCGGAUCGAUUUUUCGGAUCGGAUCGGAUUAUUAUGCCUCAAAGUUGCAAACUCGUAUGUAUAUUUUCUUUGUAAAAGAGCCGAAGAGAGACAAAGCUAAUUGACAUGGAGAGCAUUCAGGUUGGUGAAAGAUCUCCUGCUCAUGCAACGGCUUCCACCCAACAUAGUCUUCCAUCAAUGGAAGAGGAAGUAGUUGGUUUUGAGGAUGAUGCAGAAAGCAUAAUUCAACAAUUGACUGGAGGAACAAAGGAACUGGACAUUAUCUCGAUUGUUGGAAUGCCAGGACUCGGCAAAACCACUUUGGUUAGAAAGGUGUUUAAUCAUUUUAUUGAUAAUAAUAAUAGAUACUUUGAUGUUACAGCAUGGUGCUCUAUUUCAAAAGAAUAUAGCUCGACGAAGGUGUUCUCUGAGACUCUUAAACAAGUCGUAGGCAGUAUGAAUGGUAUAAUAGAUGAAGACAUACCUCACGAGUUGCAAAAGAGUCUAAUGCGCAAGAGAUACCUCAUCGUGUUAGACGAUAUAUGGGAAGUUAAGGCAUGGGAAGAGUUGCGAUUAUCUUUCCCACAUGGCAAAGAUGGAAGCAGAGUAGUGGUAACAACUCGAAAUGAACAAGUGGUUAGGCAGCUUAAGCUCCACAGCGAUCCAUACUUUCUUCGAUUUCUCACGGUGGAUGAGAGCUGGGAAUUACUCCAGAAGAAAGUUUUUCAAGGAGAAAUCUGUCCACAAGAGUUACUCGAAGCAGGAUUGCGAGUUGCCAAAAACUCUAAAGGAUUACCACUUGUGAUUGUCUUGAUUGCUGGAAUUAUUUCAAAGAAAAGGCAAGCCUCUUUGUGGUUUAAGGUCGCAAAUGAAUUAAGUUCCCAUGCUUUAGAAUAUCAAAGCAUGAAGAUAAUAGAAUCAAGUUACGACCAUCUGGAAGAUCAAUUAAAGGCAUGCCUUCUUUACAUGGGAUUGUUUCCAGAAGACUACAAUUUUCCGGUUUCUAUUUUGCUAAAGUUGUGGAUGGCUGAAAAUUUUGUACAGAAUUCGGACACAGAUAACUUGGAGGAAGCAUAUACAAAUUUCUUGAAUGAUCUAGCGAGCAAAAGCCUUGUAAUGGUUUCUAAAAGGAGAGAUAAUGGUGAGAUAAAGUAUUGCACUCUUCAUGAUGUAGUGCGUGAGUUUUGCUUGAGAAAACUUGCAAAAGAAAAGUAUAUGCAGGUCAUAAUCCCAUAUAAUCCAGACCAAUCUUUAGGUGCAAAGAAACCUCGAUUAUGUAUAUAUGUUCAUGACGAUCUGGCCAUGCAGUUGGCGGUGCAUGGCUAUUCAUUGGAUAAAAUUCCAGUGUUGGUGGAGUUGAGUGAAGUAGGAUCUCUUGAGUUCAUUGCUCAUCCAAAUCUCUAUAAAUGGGACCUGAGUUGGACAUAUCAUGUCCUUUUACUUGAUUGCAUUAGCCUUAUUCGGGUGCUGGAUUUGUCGAAUGUCUACUUGAGGGGAAGUUCUUGGGCUAGGGCAAUGCAAGCAGUAACUCACUUGAGGUAUCUUGCAAUUCAUACCCAAGAAUUUAGUUUCCCGUGGGUAUCACACUUACUCGAUCUGCAAACUUUGCUGGUGGGGUGGGAACCUAUGAUAGUAGGAAGUAAGAUAACCCCUGCUGGUCUUUGGAAAAUGCAGAAGCUAAGGCAUGUGGAUAUCAAGGAAAUUGAAUUCGAAUGGGAAGAGAAUGAUCGAGCAAUUUUCGAAGAAUCUUCACAAACUGUGUUACCGAACUUGAAAUCUUUCGGGAAAUGCUGUAUAUAUUUGGCUGAUAUGACUCCGGAGUUCUAGUGGAGAUUACCAAAUAUUGAACAACUCAAGUUCCUCAUUGUUGAACCGUUUGUACCUAAAUAUCAUAAGUUCCCCACACCAGAAUUUGAUAUGCCGAAUCUUGAAAAACUCCCACUUCAAUCUCUCGAAGUGGGCUUCUCAAACAUGCGAGUGAUGCAUAGCUUUGCAAUCGGAAGGGGCGAUUACUGUCUUGUUGUACACAUGCAAAAUUUAUUAAAUUUUAAUUCAAUAAACUAUCCGAACUAUAUAUAAAUAUAUUAGUCCAAAUAACUCUUAUGGGCUAAUAUAAAAAUGAAUUAAUUACAUAGGUUCAAUACAUAUGGAUUAAAUAAAUAAG